CCUGAAACGUCACGUCGGCGUCGUCGCAUCGAGUUUUGUGGAUUGUUGGAAGUGGAGAAAACGCAUUAAAAAGCCGUGAAGCAGUCGAAUUAGCGCGACCAAACCGGGCCUUCUCUCGGGGCGGCUGCAGCCGGGAUACAAGAUGGCGUUGCCAGUGAAUUACAAACACAACAUACCGGGUCCUUCGAUGACUCCGCAGCGGAUUCGUCCAUCAGGGUCCGGUGCCGACCGGAAGGACAACUCCAGCCCCUUCAUGCACAGCCCGCACGGUAAUCCGGCAUUUACGCCCCAGAAAAUGGGCAAAGCAUCGGCCGCUUCCGAGUCCAAGAUGAUCAAGCCACCGAAACCGCCGGAGAAGCCGCUCAUGCCGUACAUGCGCUACUCGCGUAAGGUUUGGGACUCGAUAAAAGCCUCCAACUCGGACCUCAAGCUGUGGGAAGUCGGUAAGAUAAUUGGCCAGCAGUGGCGUGAUCUACCGGAAGCGGAAAAGGAAGAGUACAUCGCGGAGUACGAGCAGGAGAAGACGGAGCACGAGAAGAACAUGAAGGCGUACCACAAUUCGCCGGCCUACCUGGCCUAUCUGACCGCGCGCAAUAAAGCCAAACCGGGCGAUGGUGACGGUCACGAACCUUCGUCCCGCUCGAGCUCGAAAGCACAGCAGCAAGACCGGCGUAUCGACAUCCAGCCGGCCGAAGAUGAGGAUGAUCCGGAUGAUGGCUAUUCGUUCAAGCACGUAGCGUAUGCUCGCUUCUCGCGCAACCAUCGUUUAAUCAACGAAAUCUUCUCCGAUGCCGUCGUACCGGACGUGCGGUCCGUCGUCACGACGCAGCGUAUGCACGUGCUGAAGCGCCAGGUUCAAUCGCUGACAAUGCAUCAAAUGAAGCUCCAGCAUGAGCUGCAGUUGAUCGAGGAAAAGUUCGAAACACGCAAACGGAAGUUUGUCGAAUCGAGCGAACUGUUUCAGGACGAGCUGAAGAAACACUGCAAACCGGCGGUCGAUGAGGAAACGUUCCAGAAGAUGGUCGAACGGCAGUACGAGAUGAUGAAGCGGGAACGUUUGCGGGCGCUGGAAGAGGCACAGAAGCCUCCGGCACCAGCUCCUGCUCCGGUUCCGGCUUCUGCGGCCCCGGCAACUCAGCCACCAACGUCGCAAGCUCCGCCUGCGGCUCCAGGUGCCACGAAAGCGGAGGACCAAGCACCGGAACAGCCUACUGGCGAUGCCACUGCAACUCCGGCCAAUGGUAGUGAGCCUGCUGCAGCCAUUGCACCGGCAGCACAGGAAGCCGGUGGUGACGGUAGUGCUGAUCGGUCAUCUCCGAUGGCUGUAGCCACUUCCGAUGAAUCGCAAGGAUCGCAAGAUUCAACGACGACUGGUGGUCCUGUGGCCGAGAAGAAGGAGUUAGCCGAAGAACUGAAACCGGAAGCAAAGGACGAUGCUGCUGCGCCUGUGGGUGCCCCGGUCCCAAAUGCUUCACCGGAAGAAGCGAAAGCGGCAGCCGCGGCAACAGUCUCUCAACCGUCAACAGUUCCAUCACAUCUGCCAGCAGCAGCAGCACCACCACCAGCAACCGAGGUUCCGCCAUCCGUGGCACCACAUCCGACAUCGCAGCCACCAGUACCACCGCCAUCAGUUCAUAUGCCACCAGUUGUUGCACCACCGGUAACGGCGCCUCAUCAACAUCCGGGCAUUCCGGGUGCGCAAUCGGAACCGAAACCGGAAAUUCCCCCAACUUCUAUCGUGCACCACACUUCCUCACAUCCACCUCCAGUCGGUGCUCCACAUGCUGGUGGUCAUCCACCUGCCGGCGGUCCAGUAAUGCCUUCCGUUCAUGGUGGUUAUGGCCCUCCGCCGGUUUCGGCUGCCGGUGUACCGGUUCCACCGCACCAGGUUCCCUCGGUGCCGACACCGCCUCCACCAUCGCACACUCCCGAAUCACAAAUCCCUCCCCCGAAUGUGACCGUACCGCACCAGCAUCAACCACCGCCUCCGCCACCCCCACAUCAUAUGCCACCGCACAUGCAGCCACAUCCCGGUAUGCCGAGUCACGGGUCACCGUUCCCGGGUUAUCCGCACGCUGGAUCACCGCGUGCUCCCUACUAUCUGCCCGGGUACGGUGGUCAUCCACAGCCGUACGGUCAGUAUGGACACUAUCCGUACCAUCAGCAGUACGGACCACCACCACCACCCGGUGGAUACGUUCCCGGUGCACCACCGGGUUCUCGUCCGAUGGGUCACUACGGUGAGGUGCACCAUGCGGAACCACCGCACCAUGGAUACGGUCCACCACCACCACCGGGUGCCACUGGGCAUGGUAUGCCGCCGGGUGGAGUGCCUCCGCCUGGUCAACCGCAUGCCGCUGGUCCACCGACCAUGGUUACGGCUACGGCCACCGUGACGCCACCGGCGGUACACGCUGCUGCAGCAGCCGCACCACCACCAGUGGCCGGUCCGGAGCCGGGUGAAAUCGAACCGGAAAAGAAUCCGGCUGCUACUCCCAACAAAAAAAGGAAGAAGGGUGGUGCCGCUAGCAAGCAUGACGAUGCCGAUAAGAAGGACGAUUAAGCGGGCAUCCGGCCGCAAUGUACGACCCGGGGGAAUCUUAUUUUUACUCUUCGAUUUAUCCACUUAUUCGUGUCUAUGUAGCUCAGUGCAGCAUAAUUCAUUCAAUAAAGUCUAGAUGUAGA